GGAUAUAUAGCCAGCCUUCCUCCUCUCUGGAGCCAUGUCCACAUUAUUUUAUCCUCAGUUUUUAUCACGCAUUCGCCCCAUUCGAUUGCAUUCCAUUCAUAUCUCAUCGACAAUAUACAAUUAUGAGUGAUAACGAGCGUUCAGGGCCUACCGGCGACGACGAACUUUCACUGCCCAAAGCCACCGUUCAGAAACUGAUCAACGAGAUGAUGCCUCAGGAUGUCGCUUGUGCAAAAGAUACGCGUGACCUUCUAAUUGACUGCUGUGUCGAAUUCAUUCAUCUUAUUGCAUCGGAAGCCAAUGAAAUUUGUGAAAAGGAGACGAAGAAAACCAUUGCGGGUGAACAUGUGGUGGCUGCUCUUCAAGCACUAGGGUUCGAAGACUAUGUGGAAGAGGUAGACGAAGUAUUCAAAGAACACAAAAAGCAACAAAAGGAUCGAGAUAAGAAGAGCACCCGAUUGGAGAACACGGGUAUUUCAGAAGAGGAAUUAUUGCGACAGCAAGAGAUGCUUUUUGCCCAAUCACGUCUAAAAUUCGAAGCUCAACAACAGUAACUCCCGUCUUCCUGCUUGCUCCUUGUUCUUGUUCCGUCAUAAACUGUAUACAGCAUUUAAUAUCUUUCCGCUUUAUUUUCCGAAGAUUUAUCUCUCCAUCCUCAAGAGUAUCUCCUUGACUCCUGAACCGUCGUCCAUCAGAUUUUCUUUUCACAUUUUGUAUGCAGACAAUCCACGUCAUUGUAAUGUUUGUUUAAUUUGGAUUGACAUCAUGGUUGCAUGGUCCUGUAGUUUCCUUUUUUCAAUGAGGGUAUCACUUUGCAAAUGUGGAUGAUCUUGUAUGCUGUGGUAUCAAUGAUGUAUAUUGUCAUUUAUACGUGCUUGUGUCUUUUUUUGGUGUAAUUAAAUUAUUUUCGACGAGC